GAAUUAUUAAACCGAAAAUAUGACAGAUCGGAUUUAUCACUUGAAGAAAGUACCGAUCUCCUUCAGGAACUUUUUGAAAUGAAGGAAAAACUUAUGGAGUACAAAGAUGUUGUUAGUGAUUUGGUAGUUAGAAGUAAACAUAUUGUUCCUUUAAAACAAAGAAAACAGUAUCCUGAAAACUAAGCUUCCUGUCACUGCCCUUUGUGAUUAUAAACAGAUGGAGAUUUGCGUUCAACGAGGGGAGGAGUGUGUAUUACUGGACAACACCAUAAAACAAAAUGGAAGAUAAUAACCAGUGUUGGACAAGAGGCUACCAUUCCAGGAGUUUGUUUUCUGCUACCCCCACCAAACAGAGAAGCUAUGGAGUACAUUUCCAGGCUCGAAAUUCAGUAUCAGCAUCUUCUAACCCUAUGGAGAUCUAAACAUAUGAAACUUAAACAGACCGUUACCAGGAAUCAGAUCGUACUGAAUAUAAACAAAGUCAAGCACAUGUCCCUGCAACAGUUUGAGGACAUGGAUCCAACACAGAGAGAAGCGAUUAUACAUCAGCUGAAUGAAGAUACACAAAGACUUAUGACUGAAAGUCGUGAGGUUGGACACGUAUCGACUGAUCCUGAACUUGAAGAACUUGAAAAAGAAGUUGACAACUGCAACCAAUUAAUUGAAGAAAUGUCAAGAGGAGCCGAGACCGUUAUGAAUCCACAGGAAGCUCAGAACGUUAUGACUGACAUGGAUAACUUUAUGAGUGAUCUGGACGUCAAAGUGUCAACUCUUAAAAUCAAAUUGAAGUCUCCAAUUCCAAGAGAUGCAGCAGCGGUUGAUCAGCUGUUAGAAGCACAGCAAACCUUCCACAGAGAAUUAAGCAAUCAACAACCACAGUACCAUAGUCUGAAAAUAAACUGUGAGAGCAUUGUGCGACAGUCAGAACCCUCACAGCAACCCAGACUCCAAUCUCAUCUCAGUAUGUUCAUCAAGAAAUGGGAGUAUGUAUGGAACAUCUCACUUGUACACACACAGACGUUGACUAUUUCUAGCCUGAUACUGAAAUCUUUACAGACAGCCAAUGACAUUGUGUCAAGAUAUGAGAAGGAAUUGGUAUCCCAUGACAACCUUCCUUCAGAUUUAGCACAGCUACAGUCACAUCAAGAGGUGCUGCAGGAUAUGCAAACGUCACUCCCACCUUGCCAACCUAUAUUCAAUCAACUCACUGAGGAGGUGACGAAAUUGAAGAAUAUCCAAGAACCAACUGCCAAUGAGCGAGACAUUGAAAGGUUUGAAAAAGAAGUUGAAAAUAUCAACACUAGAUGGCUGAAUGUUUGUAACCAGACCAACGAAAGGGCUAAAAGGGCAGACAGUGGAUUUGACAUACUACGAGAAUUCAAAGACGCUCUGCUAGAUGAAAGAAACUGGUUAGCCCAAGCACAGGCUACCAUGAUGCUGCUGGAUACCACGGUAACGGACAGAAAAGGAUUGGAAAACCAGAUUGAACAAGUCAAGGCUUUCUUAGAAGAAAUCAUUGAACAUAGACCUACUGUUGAGGAAUUCAAUACGAAAGGAAACCAGUACAUUCAAUUCGCUCAGACAUAUGACUGCCUGCUUGAGAACUACAAAGAUAGUUUACAAGAUGUUCUUGACACUGGUGAUAGCAAGAAACCUAAGAUUCAAUCUGGGGUAGACAAUGCCAUCCAGGAGAUCGAGGCCGUUAACGACGAUUACAGUAAACUUGGUGCUGAAGUCUCUGUCAUGCUGAGAGCAGUGGCAGAACGACUAAACAUCCCUGAGGGCGAUCUGCUUGAGAGGUACACAUUGUUUCAACCAGUCUCUAGCCAUGUUCCAAGGAUUCGAACCGAAGUAACGUUGCAAGGUGUGAAGGCUGAUAUUGAUGCUACUGUUCAGACAAAGAAAGUCACUACAACUAAGCAUACUUAUGUUACCAAAAGAACUAUUAUGCACCCUGUAACUGGCGAGCCAAUGACUAUCGAGGAACCCUCCAGUGAGAUUCCUGAGGAUGAAGCGUCCUCCAAUAACAUUUACAUCAAUUCAGUCCAGAGUUCAAGCACUUGAAGAAGGUGCAAAAGUAGAUGACCCUCACAUGGCUCAAGAAACCACAUAUCCAUAUACUAUGCAAGAAAUUACUCAUAGACCUUCCAUUGAAGCUGAAACACCCAGAAAACGUGCCUUGGCAACCCAGGCACAGCACCCAGAAAUCAGGAGGAUGGACAUUAAAAUUGCAUCAGUGAAAACUCCCC